AUGGCUUUCAGGCGAUCAUUGACGCUCUCAGCAGCGUCGGCGUCACUUCUGUCGCCGACGGCCGUCGUUGCUCGGUCCUGUACCGCUAAGGUGUUGCCCCGAUUUACCACUCGCGCUUCAUCCAGCUCUACCCAAGCGUUGGCCUACAAAGCAUUGCAUCGCCGCUCGCCUCUUCCCCUCCCGGUGUCCGACUCCUCGCCUCAGUGGGAUGCUCCAACUGCGGUCUCGUCGAUUCUCUACGAGACUCCCGAGCCGCCCACCAAUCCCCCAAAGCGACACAUCCUGAACUGCCUGGUCCAGAACGAGCCCGGUGUGCUUUCCCGUGUGUCUGGAAUCCUGGCCGCCCGUGGCUUCAACAUUGACAGUCUCGUCGUGUGCAAUACCGAGGUCGAGGACUUGUCCCGAAUGACCAUUGUGCUGAAGGGACAGGAGGGUGUCGUUGAGCAGGCUCGCCGCCAGCUAGAUGAUCUCGUCCCCGUUUGGGCUGUGUUGGAUUAUACCGACUCUGCUUUGGUUCAGCGUGAGCUGCUACUUGCCAAGGUCUCUAUCCUUGGUCCGGAAUUCUUCGAAGAGCUGCUCCAGCACCACCGCGAGAUCACCACUCCCAUUGAGCCUGGCAGAGAACUGACCCAGGAUGAUCAUCCCACCGAGUAUCACCCCCGUAACCUGCCCACCAGCCAGGCUCUCCGCCACAAGCAUGAGCAUUUGGAUGCCAUCACUCGUCUCACUCACCAGUUCGGUGGUAAGAUCCUGGAUAUCAGUAACAACAACUGCAUUGUUGAGGUUUCUGCCAAGCCUAACCGUAUUGACUCUUUCCUGAAGCUCAUUGGACCUUUCGGUAUCCUUGAGUCGACUCGCACUGGUCUUAUGGCCCUGCCUCGUUCACCUCUGUAUGAACAGACAGAGGAGAUUGAAAAAGAUGCUGCUGAUGUGGUUGAUGCUAGCACUCUUCCCCCUGGCUAA